AUGCGGGAAGCGCGAAGUCGCCUUUACAGAUGUAGUACAUAUUUUCUUGGAAAAACUAUUGCUGAGCUACCACUUUUUUUAACUGUACCAUUUGUUUUCACAUCUAUUGCUUAUCCAAUGAUAGGAUUACGUGCUGGUAUCUUUCAUUAUCUACAUGCUCUAGCAUUAGUUACUCUUGUUGCAAAUGUUUCAACUAGUUUUGGCUAUUUAAUAUCCUGUGGCAGUUCAUCAACAUCAAUGGCAUUAUCCAUCGGACCUCCAGUAAUUAUCCCAUUUCUUCUCUUUGGUGGAUUUUUUUUAAAUUCUGCUUCAGUGCCAAUAUACUUCAAAUGGUUAUCAUAUCUAUCAUGGUUUCGUUAUGCAAAUGAAGGGCUUCUAAUUAAUCAGUGGUCUGAUGUAGAAGCUGGUGAAAUUACAUGUACCUCAUCGAAUACAACUUGCCCCAGUUCUGGAAAAGUUAUAUUAGAAACACUAAACUUUUCGAUAAAUGAUUUUAUAUACGAUUAUAUGGGAUUAAUAGCGCUUAUUAUUAUAUUUAGGAUAUCUGCGUAUGCUGCUUUAAAAUUACGAACAAGACGCAAAGAAUAAAACCUACUACCUAUAAUAUUAAAAUAAACUUACAUACGAUUUAAUUACAUUAAUUCCAAAAAUUAA